AAACGAAAACAUUGUGAGUCAACUAUUUUUGGGUUCCGAUUUAGCGCAAUGGCCAAAAACACGUCCAGCUCCGCGUUCCGGAAGAUCGAUGUGGAUCAAUACAACGAGGACAACUUUAAGGAAGAUGACGCAGACCAGGCGGGCAGCGGGAUGAUUGUGCCGGACGAGGCCGAAAUCAACACGCUACUCAAUCAGGGGCGGAAUGUGGACGCGCUGAGAACGGUGCUACAGAACGCUCCGCUACUGUGCAAGAACCAGCAGGUGAAGGACAACGCACUGAGCUUAACGCUGCGGGUACUGCUGUCGAUUAAAUCGUCACAGAUCGAUGCCGCGAUCGAAUCGCUGGACGAUCCGGAGCUGUGCGAUGUGCUGAUGAAGUACAUCUACCGCGGGUUCGAGAUUCCUUCGGAAGGCUCCAGUGGCCAUCUGCUGACCUGGCACGAGAAGGUGUUCGCCAAGGGCGGUGUCGGAAGCAUCGUGCGCGUGCUGUCCGACAGCGCUCGGGCAUAGGUUGCUGCAGUAUUGCCACGGGACCGAAGCGAUCCCGUUCGCGCGUUCCAAAAAGAAAACCGUGCAUGCGAGAGUCAUUGAGUCGAUUAUUUUAUUUUAUGUCCAUCCCUUAGAUAGCACAGUUCCAAGAUCGUAUCGCUGUGCCGGUGCAUUUCGCGAAGCUACAAUUGCCUAAUAAAUAAAGGAAACCCAAUUCACCCCCUAGGCGGUAAGGCGAUAUUUGGGCUUGUUUUGGCGUAGUUUCAAUGCGUUGAA